AUGGAACGUGGGCAACCGCCGCAUUUACAUGUUCGCCAUCCCCUACCUUACACCCGCCGGGUAGAGGGACUCUUCGACGACGUGGAUGACCUGAAUAUUGAACCACCCACGGAACACAAGCCUAUUGCGCGGCUUGCACAUGGGCUUGAUAGAGUGCUGUUUAACCCCGGCGUACACUGGCUCCAAGAUCCACGCUCACGUGUAUAUAAUUUCACGCCUUGGCUUGAGAGCAUACCCAAAGUCACUGAUUUCGCGUUCGAGCGCGUCACUGGGUUCAUAAGGAGCUCUCAGGAUGAUGACCUUCAUACACUCGCUAAAAUGCACUCCCGACCAUAUGUCGGGUCGACUUCCUCCCUCACCGGUCUGCUCAGCCAUAUUUACUUCCUCAUCUCUGGCGGAAAGGAUAUUGAUACGAGUGUUUUGAGUGGCGCUUUUGCGCAUGAGCCAACAAACUUUACCCCAGGCCAGCGCAUGCCCGUGUCAAUCGUGUUACGGUACAAAGACGGUGUAUGGGCGGUCGAUUCUGGUAAGGAUGGCGAUGAUGACAGUGAGAAAAAUGUAUUGACCUGGAUGGGCACCCUCCUCGAAAAAUUCGUCACAGUUCCAGAACCUGAGUUCAAGUCUCUCCUGCGCUCUUCGCCCGCCCCAGCGGAAGGUGAGGAGGAUGAAAGGAGGGAGGCAUAUCGGUAUGCGAAGAGUAACCGCUUUUUGAUGCGCUCCCAACUUGAUUGCGUAGACCCGCGCUUACCAGGAACAGGCGUUUUUGAUGUCAAGACCCGUGCUGCGGUGCCAAUCCGACUGGAUUUGCUGAAUUUCGAGGAGAACUCGGGUUACCUCAUUCGCACGCUCCAUGGACCACUGGAGAGCUUCGAGAAGGAAUACUAUGAUUUAAUUCGGAGUGCAUUUCUGAAAUACAGCUUCCAAGCUCGUAUCGGCAACAUGGACGGCGUGUUCGUUGCUUACCACAACACGGCCCGCAUUUUUGGGUUCCAAUAUGUCUCGCUCGAGGAGAUGGACGCGCGGUUGUUCGGACCAGAGGAGAAGCCUGCCGGUGUUCUUAACGGUAGUGGUGCGCCCACCCGAGGCGCGCGCAUAUUCGAGAAGUGUGUGAAGCUGCUGGAAACAGUGAUGGAUGAGGUUGUUGGAGUGUUUGGGGAGAGGAGCGUGAAAUGCACUUUCGAGACACGGGAGCGCUCGUCGAAGAUGAAUAUAUGGGUUGAGCCCGUCGAGUGGGACGCGGAGACAGACGGGAAGAAGCCACCGAUUAUUCAGAUCGACGUAGGGGUGCAGAACUUUAUUACUGGGGAGCCUGUACGGGGCGCAAGAGCGAUUGGUGUCGCGCCUUCCGAGAACUGGAUCCUCCACUGGACCAUCUCGCAUAGCGCGCUGGAAGCCUCCAGGAUCCGGGCGAACCUCGCAUCUGCGAAAGAUAGGCAGUUCCGUGCGUGGAAUUUCCCAGCGAAUAUCAGCCGACCCGAGGAGAUGCAGGCAUGGUGGAAUGCGCUGGAUUUCGUGGGCGAGGAGAACGGUUUGAUAGAGGAGGAAGGACCUGAAGCCAAUGAGAACGGCACACAAUCGUUUAAUCCCAAGCUCUUCCGGCCAGCGUCGACGAACAUUGAGCUAUUGCGCCAGCUAUCGAGAGACGGGAGGGAGGAGACUUUGAGGGCAGAGGCCGAGGAGGAGGCAAUGGGAAGGGAGAAAAUCGUUUGGGGUCUUUUGAGGAAUGGGGGUGUUGGGAACAGUGAAACCAAGGAAGUGCCUGAGGAUGGGAGUUCGGCGCACACCGUUGCUCAGGCUUUAGAGAUGGAGACAGUCGAUGCGGUGGAACAAAAGAGCGAGGAUAAGGACAGGGACUGA